UCUCUCGUGUUCGACAGGAGUAGCUGCGAAGUGUGCUUUUUCGAAGCAAUUAUUAUUACUGUGGAGAAGUGUCACAUACGCUGGACGCGUGUCGAUCACGAAAUGGCCGUACCAAUGGCAUUUCAUGCUGCUCACAAGGUUCGCGAAAACAUGAACAAACCGUUGGUGAUGGCGAACGAGGCGCACGAGGAGAACGCCUCGGGAGCUGACGGACACUCGAAGUUCAAAUUUUUUGAAGGCUCAGGCAAUGUGAUGGUGCGAAGGUACAAUGAGAAGAUGAUGAACGCCAUUUGGGGACUGUACAACAGGAACUCGGCCCACAACUUGAAGAGCAACGUUGAUGGCGGCGAAGUUGCACAGGUUGCCCCGGUUCCGCUUCCCCCACCUUCCAAUAAUGUGUAAGUUCGCAAAUUUUCGAGAUGGGUUAUUUUUGAAAAGCUUCCUGGGGUAAGUAUAUAUACUUGUAAAAAAAAUUUGAAGGAAGGGCGUUGCGAGUGUCUUACCUUUAUGUGUUUUGUAGGCCAUGCGAGUGGAGCGUUAAGAAUUAUAUGCGCUGCUCUGCAUAGGUAACGUUUCGUUUGGUCUAUCCUUUGGUUUGUAUGAUCCCCUGCGGUGCUUUGUUUUUUUUUCUCUUGUUUUGGUUGUCUUUUUCCAUCUGUUCUGAGUUGCCGUCGGGAGUUUCGGCGCAGACCUGGAGGUUGGACCAAAAGGAGGAGCCAGAAGUGGCAGAGAAGUUGCAUUUACUGUUUCAUGGUGGCAUCCGUUGAAUGUCAUUUGACUCAGUUGCUUACCAGAUCAGCCGCAUUACUCCAGGGUUGCUGAACAUGCAUCCAUAGGGAAAGGCCAGUGGGGACUUGGGCGAGAAAGCGGUACAGGAGGAAACAACGGUGUCAGCGGAGGUGUUCAGUAUUCCUGACUUUGUCCCUCAUCAGUCCGUAAACCAUGCGAAACGAAAGCGGAAUCUUCCCGGAAGGAAGGAAGGAAAGGAAAGAAUAGAGUCGACGAAAAGUAUGUGUGUAGAUGAAGUGAGACUGAACGGUUCGGUGACUGAACACCAAAGUUGAUCCGACUCUUUUUUUUUGUCGGUGGAAUGAUGAU